GACGUUUUUUUUUCUAUUCGGGAAAGGGGCUGCACAGUGACUGCAAAAACGGAGGCUACUGUCAGGCUGUGAAGAGGUGAAAAACAUUCACAGGUGGAAAAGGACAAAACCAAAAUGGAUCUAACUGAACAGAUCAGCCAGCUGGAGGCAGACUUGCAGGAGCUGGGCUCCCUCUUGGAGAAGGCAGAAAGGAAGAGAGUGCAAGAACUUUUGAAACAGGAACAGAAGAAGGUGGAGAAAGAGCUCACAACCAAACGACAGCAAAAGGAGCAUCAGGCUAGAAAAGAGGCAGACCCGUCUGCAGUCUCUAAAGCAGGGUACACGGUGAAGAUCACCAGCUACGCGUGGGACCAGUCUGAGAAAUUUGUCAAAAUUUACCUGGAUUUGAAAGAUGUGCACAAACUUCCAUCAGAAAAUGUGGAGGUUAAUUUUACAGAAAGCUCAUUUUCAGUGCUGGUAAAGGAUCUGGAUGGCAAAAACCAUCAGAUGACAAUUCUCAACUUGUUGCAUCCAAUCAAUGAAAAGGACAGCUACAAAAAGAUAAAAACAGACAUGGUCUUGCUCAUGUGCAAGAAGCAGAUGACAAAGAAGUGGGAGUGCCUUACAACCGUGGACAAACAGUCUAAAGAGAAAGAUAAACCCAGUAUGCAUGACAAUGCAGACCCCAGCGAGGGCCUGAUGAACAUGCUGAAGAAGAUUUAUGAUGAAGGAGAUGAUGAGAUGAAGAGAACCAUCAACAAAGCCUGGUCAGAGUCCCAAGAAAAGAAGAUAAGAGGGGAAGGCAUGAUGGACUUUUAAAUGUUGCAAAUUACUAUAAUAUUAAAAAGAAAAGUUCAGCAUUCAAAGCUCAUAAAUAAUGGGUUAAGUAUAAUGUUUGAGCCUUUUGCCUGAUUUUGGCCCCACUUUACUGACAGGCAGCUGAUGUUCUGUUAGGCCUGGGCUGUAAUGCAUAGAUGAAAAGAAACUGGCACCGUCCAGCAUAUGGUAGCCAUAACAGCCAUUCAUCAUUGCUGGUAUAGGAUUACAACACUGUUGAAUAAAUUGUAGAAAUUAUAGUUUGUUUUCCUGAACAGGAUUUGAAUCAAAUGCUGUCACACCUUCCAAAACCUUCACAUUUGCCUUUAUAUUUAUUCUCAUUCUAUAAACGGAUCCAUUGAAAGCUGCAAAGAUGGUGGUACUCUUGCAUGAGUCCUCUGUAAAUAAUCAGCAUUACCACAUGCAUCUGUGUUUCUGUGUAGCGAGAAAAUGUUUGUUUCACUCCUUCCUGUUUCAAAGUGAAAUGAGAUGCUUCCAUCAUUCCUCAAUAUGACCAUUUUGGUAUGGUUGGACAGUCUUGUGCUUUGAUUUUUAUGUAUGGUAACACUGUUCAUAUUGUGAUACUGUAUUGUGAAAUGUAUGUCUUAAUUUUGCAAAUAAUUUUAAUUUGGCUACCGUCAUUUCCUGUCCUCCUGUUGUUCCAGGAUUUUCAACAAAUAUAACAGUUGUACGGAGCUCUGUGUUCAUUCGUCAUUCUGUUACAUUCAUUUCACCCUAACAUUUGUUAGACUUGGCUGAUCACAAUAUAAUAUGUAUACUUU